AUGCGGCAUCAGCUAGUGAGGGUGAUAACUACUUGGCCGGCCUAUUUUCCGCGACCGGCAGUGACUUGCUAUCCUCGAGCCUCAGCGAAGCGUUGA